AUGAAAAUCUUGGAAAAGGACGCGAAUAGAAGCGAACAAGAACUUACAGCUCGAUUUGUGCUCGGUUUCGGUACUCGAGACGGCAGUCGAAUACCUGUAGUUGGUGCUACUGUGGGUGGGCCUGACACGGGGCUCAUUUUCGCCCCGGUCCCGUUUGAAGUUGCUGGAGAAACAUGGGCAGGAAUGCCGGUGGCACGUAUUCCGGAACUUGGCACACUGACAGAAGGUGGUUUUAUCCCACUUUGGACCACUUUGACUUCCGGUGUUUUAAUUUGUGAAGAUAGGUGGGUAUCUGGAACGCUAAUUCGGCUUGAAGGGACAACCGGAGACCCGUUUGUCACAUGA